AUGGCCCUCAGUAUCCACGGGGGCGCUGUAGAUGCCCCUGUUGCCCACGCCCGUGUUUUGUCCCUCAUAACCUCAGAGGGUUCCCUUGUUCUCCAGGCUGCGGUGUUUUACUGUGAUAAGUUUGGUUUCGAGCCGCUGGCGUAUAAAGGUCUGGAGACGGGCAGCAGAGAGCUGGUGUCUCACGUCAUCAGACAGAACAAGAUCAUCUUCAUCUUUGAGUCUGCUCUGAACCCGGGGAACCAGGAAUUGGGCGAACAUCUCAUGAAACAUGGAGACGGAGUGAAAGAUGUGGCUUUUCAAGUGGAGGACUGUGACUUUUUAGUCAAGAAAGCCAAAGAGAGAGGAGCAGUGAUCGUCAAAGAGCCGUGGAUCGAGCAGGAUUCGGGAGGAAAAGUCAAAUACGCCGUAAUUCAGACGUACGGAGACACCACACACACGUUUGUGGAGUACAUGGGGCCGUAUAAAGGGCUGUUCCUGCCAGGAUACAAGGAGCCGAUGUUCAGAGACCCUCUGUUAGCAAAACUGCCUCCGGGACAUUUAAACUUCAUCGAUCACAUUGUGGGAAACCAGCCAGAUGAUGAAAUGGUGCCAGUUUCGGACUGGUAUCAGAAGUGUCUGCUGUUCCACAGGUUCUGGUCCAUCGAUGAUAAGCAGAUCCACACCCAGUACAGCGCUCUCAGGUCCAUCGUGGUCACUAACUAUGAGGAGACCAUCAAGAUGCCCAUCAAUGAGCCAGCCACGGGGAAGAAGAAGUCACAGAUCCAGGAGUAUAUCGACUACAACGGAGGACCUGGAGUGCAGCACAUCGCGCUAAACACCUCCAACAUCAUCCAAGCGAUCGUGAACCUCCGAGCUCGAGGGAUGGAGUUCCUGUCCGCUCCUGACAGCUACUACGACAGCCUGCGACAGAGACUGAAGACGGCCAAGAUCCGGGUGAAGGAGGACCUCCAGACGCUGCAGGAGUUAAAAAUCUUAGUCGACUAUGACGAUAAAGGUUACCUGCUACAGAUCUUCACUAAACCCGUGCAGGACAGACCCACGCUCUUCCUGGAGGUCAUCCAGAGGAACAACCACUUUGGGUUUGGAGCUGGAAACUUCAAAUCUCUGUUCGAAGCCAUUGAGAAGGACCAGGACGCCAGAGGAAACCUCACAGUCCUCACACCGGAGAGCCAGGGCGUCCCAAAGGCCUUUUACUAACACACACAGCUGCAGAAAGGUGAUUUACUCAAGCCUCGUGCUGGAGUGAAAUAAUAAUAUGACACCAUCAGUUAACACCGAACGUCCACUGCAUCAAUAAAGACAUAAGAACUGUGUAA